AUUGAAGUUAGGCGAAUGAGAGUGAGCAAACAUGGCAUGUGGUGGGGGCAGAAGAUGACAGAAAUUGGUAAUAUGGAUUUAGCAGAAAUUGGGGGGCGCAGCCGCAGGCGGAAGCCUCUACUCAUCUCCCUUUCCAUCCCUCAUUAUUUUCAUUCGCGCAAUAAUUCAAACACCUCCCAUGCGCCAUCAACACCACACUUGCUAAAUAUUCUAUCCAUUUUUCCCUCUCUCUCUCUCUCUCUCUCUCUCUCUCUCUCUCUCCACUUUAGUUCGCUUCUUUUCCACACUUUCACUCACUUGCUUUACCUUUUCCCGCACCUCCCUCGCGCUUCUGCUGCAACGGUGGUGGAGAGGAGAGGAGACGAUAUGGGUGGCGUGACGUCGUCGAUGGCGGCGAAGCUGGCGUUUUUCCCGCCUAAUCCGCCGUCGUACAAGCUGGUGCACGACGGCGUCACGGGGCUGCUGCUGCUGAGCCCUUUCCCCCACCGCGAGAACGUGGAGGUCAUGCGCCUCCCCACGCGGCGGGGCUCCGAGAUUGUGGCGGUCUACGUGCGACAUCCCAUGGCUACAUCCACGCUUCUCUACUCCCAUGGCAAUGCCGCCGAUCUCGGACAGAUGUACGAGCUCUUCAUCGAGCUCAGCAUUCAUCUGCGCGUCAAUCUCCUCGGGUAUGACUACUCUGGAUACGGGCAGUCGACUGGGAAGCCCAGUGAGCAUAAUACGUAUGCGGAUAUUGAAGCUGCUUUCAAGUGUCUGGAGGAGAACUAUGGCACCAAGCAGGAAGAUGUUAUCUUAUAUGGUCAAUCUGUGGGAAGUGGCCCCACUUUGGAUCUAGCAGCUCGUUUGCCUAGUGUACGAGCUGUUGUUUUGCAUAGUCCUAUACUCUCUGGUGUGAGAGUCAUGUAUUCUGUCAAAAAAACUUACUGGUUCGACAUCUACAAGAACAUUGAAAAGAUCCCACUGGUUAAAUGCCCUGUCCUCAUUAUUCAUGGAACUGCCGAUGAAGUGGUUAAUUUUUCACACGGUAAGCAGCUGUGGGAACUCUGCAAAGAGAAAUACGAGCCAUUGUGGAUCAAAGGAGGGACCCACUGCAAUCUGGAGCUCUACCCCGAAUACAUCAAACAUCUCAAGAAGUUUGUGGCAACAGUGGAGCGAUCUCCAUGGCACAGAACGAGCACGAGGAAGAGCAUAGAUCAGUUUGAGCCAUCGAGGAAGAGUACAGAUAUGUUUGAUGCUCCGAGAAAGAGCAGCGACAGGAGGGAGAAGCCAAGGCGCAGCAUGGACAAGCCCGAGAGGUCAAAGCAUCAGCCACAGAAUGUUGAUAGUUUGAGGAUGUCGUUUGAUCAAGUGGAGAGAUCAAGAAGGAGCGUUGAUUGCAUCGACAAGUCUUGGAAGAACAUCGAUCAUCAGCUGGAACGAGGGCGGAAGAGCGUGGAUAGAAUUCGUACAGGGUAAAUCUUUGUCAUACUUGUUGUAAAAUUUGUGUGUGGAUAUAUGGUGGUGAGAGGUAUAGAAAAGGUUUAGUGUUGGGGGAAAAGGUUUUGGAAUGUCUCAAACUAUUUGUCAUUUGUUAUGAAACUAUCCCAACAAUGCCUCAUUAUCGGAAUUUUCAAUUAAAUCUAACAUGUGAUCAAAUUUAUGUGA